UGUUGAGUGGCGGCGUUCAUAACUAACCAUCAUUAUUAAUCAAGUUACUAAUGACUGUAUCUUACUCAAACAAUUUCAGACAAAUUUUAACAAAUAUUCUCAUCAAAAUAACUGAAAUGUAUAUUCACAUCUACCGAGCUAAUUUUUGUUUAUUUACAUGUUCUUUUAGUUCAUUGUAGAGUGGUGAAGGUAUAGUGUCUGGUGGCUGCCUCAUGCGAGCACAAUAAAUAAAACUUCAAGAUGGACUUCCAGCACCGAGCUGGAGGGAAGACGGGAGGCGGAGGCCAGGCGUCAUGGUCGGAGAGCAACAGAGAUCGUCGAGAGCGACUGCGUCAGCUAGCCCUGGAGACAAUCGAUCUAAACAAGGAUCCAUAUUUUAUGAAAAAUCAUUUGGGAUCAUAUGAAUGUAAAUUGUGUCUCACUCUUCACAAUAAUGAGGGAAGUUACUUGGCUCACACUCAGGGUAAGAAGCAUCAGACCAAUCUGGCCAGACGUGCUGCAAAAGAGGCUAAAGAAUCACCAGCACAACCGGCACCUGAGAAACCUCGAGUUGAGAUGAAGAAGUUUGUCAAGAUUGGCCGUCCUGGUUAUCGCGUUACUAAACAGAGAGACCCCGAGACCGGCCAGCAGAGUUUACUCUUUCAAAUUGAUUAUCCAGAAAUUGCAGACAAUGUUGCUCCCCGUCACCGCUUUAUGUCUGCUUACGAACAGAAGGUAGAACCUCCAGAUCGUAAGUGGCAGUACCUCUUGUUUGCAGCCGAGCCUUACGAGACUAUAGCCUUCAAGGUACCCAGUCGAGAAGUAGAUAAGUCUUGGACGACAUGGAAUAAGGAAACUAAACAGUUCUUUUUGCAGUUUGCCUUCAAAAUUGACCCCAAAGCCAAAAUGGUUCCUCCAGCACCUCCACCCCUAUCGGGAGUUGGACCACCUGGUCCUCCAGGUCCCCCAGGCAUGCCUCCUCCACCUGGUUUACCACCACGCCCACCCAUGAUGCCACCAGGCCCUCCACCUCCAGGCAUGCCACCUCCACCUGGAAUGCCUCCCCCACCCCCAAUAAGGCCUCCCAUGAGGCCCAUGAUGCCACCACCUCCUGGCCCACCGGGUCAUCAUGGACCACAUGGUCCUUUACGACCACCUCCAGGGCCACCUGGCAUGGGUCCACCUCCAGGAAUGCGUGGUCCACCACCUCCCCCAGGAGGCCCCCCGCCUCCACCACCACCAUUUAAUCCUGUUCCACCUCCUCCACCUUCAACUGGAGUACCACCCCCUCCACCACCCAAAAAUUAGUUUUUGGCUGCAAGAAUAACUCUUUUGUCUAACUCAGUCAUUUUUCUUAGAAGUUAUUUUCACCAGUUUAUUGCUGCUACUGGUUCUCUCUCAUCCUUCACAUUAGCUUAGUGUAGCCAAUGAUCACUUCAGUGGUUUGUCUUUGUUUUCUUUUGUCAGAUACAAAUGAGACUUUUAGGUUGCUUAGUUUGAAAUAUUUAAUGAAAUGUAAAGUACAACAGAAGACCAGUAAGGUUAGGUUGUCUUAUUUGACAUUGUUGUAAAAGUAAAUAAACUAAUUCAUAUAUGA